AUGGCUACACUACAACGAGAGACACUUCCCUACGAGUUGCGGCAAAAGGCCAAGAAAGAACUGCAUGAGAACGAGAAGCACAUAGAUGCACACGUGGAAAGCUUUCGACGCUGGGUGGAAUCACUGCCUCAUAUAACAUUUCCCAAAGAUCCAAACUUACUAUUGCCAUUCCUUCGUUAUGCCAAAUAUCGGCAUGACAAGGCACAGGCACGAUUGGACAACUUUUGCACCCUCAGAGCUUCAGAGAUAAAUGGAUCACCACGAUGGUUCGAUUCCUACUCUGUGGACGAUCCCAUUGUGGAGACAUACCUAAAAUCUGGUGUCUUGGUUGAAUUGGGCCGAACGAAAGAAGGCGUUGCUAUGGUAUUGGUUCGUCUCGCAAACUGGGACGUAGAUGUUUUGCCGGUAAAUAUGAUGCGGCCACUUAUAUAUAUGGACCUUGAUCGAUUUUGUGCCGAUCCGAUCACUCAAAUUACGGGAUAUGGAAUGGUGUUCGACAUGACCGGAGCGAGCAACAGACAGGUAAUGCAUCAGAAGGGGAAGUCAGAAAUGAAACUGGAAAUGAAAGUGUGGCAGAUACUACGUGUAAAAGAUAAGAUCAACAAAGCAUACGACAAAGUACCCGGACUGAGAGAUAUUAUGCCCACCGAAUAUGGAGGAUAUAACGGAAAACUGAGUUAUCUCAUGACCAAUAAUGCCAAAAGAUUCCGGGCGUUCUAUUCCAAACCAUCUCCUUGGGCGGGGAUACGUGUGGACGAGUCGAAGCGACCGGAUACCGCCAAAAGUUACAUGCGUGACUACAAGGACAUCAGUACAGAUAUAUUUGAAACCAAAGGAACAUAUAUUGCUGUAGAUCCUGGUGACUGA